GGUAAUUGUACGGCUCAAACAUUAUCCGUUGAGAGAGAAGAGAGAGAGAGAGAGGGAAAUCCAUCUCCAAACACCGAUUUGCAGACUCUCGUGUGUCAGAUCGAUGGGAUAAGGCCUGUUUCUUGAAUUAGUAAUCGGACGGUCCAGAUUGAAUCAGGAAUCACUGAGUCUGAUGCUCGUAGGCUCAUGGCAAUGUCAGUUUCACAAAUGGGCAAUAUAGCAUCAUUGAGCAGCGACCUCUUCUAUGAUAUAUUGAGGCGUCUUGAUGGUGCGACUCUGGCUAGUGCUGGAUGUGCUUGUGCUGAUUUCUGUUCCAUCUCAAGAGAAGAGAGAAUAUGGGAAAAUGCAUGUCAUUCUUUAUGGCCUUCUACCACUAGAGAAGAUGUUAGAAAUUUGAUUACAUCGAUUGGCGGGUUCCGGAAAUUUUAUGCAGACUGCUACCCCCUAAUCGUGAACAAGGACGUCCCUGUGGUUCAGUGGGACAAUGAUCUUGAAUUCUCUGAAGAAUGGGCUGAGGCUGAUUACUACGGUGACAUUGAUGAGUUCGACAGUGUUUCUCCUUCAGAUUUUGUCUCAAUCGUGGAUAUCCGGUACAAGGAUAAAGCAGUCUACUCAAAGGUGAUUUGGGGGAUUCCUGAUUCGGACGGUUUCCAUGGUUGGUUCUACAACUGCCCCUUUCGGAUUGAUCUGCUUAGAUAUUCAGAUGGUGUCAAUGAUGAAGCCGAGGUGACCCUCUCAGUUACCGAUGGUCUUCCGCCAAUUAUGUCCAUAGAGAGGGAGAGGAAAGAGGGGAAGCUUUGGAGGGAGCUCCGUGAUGGAAUCAGGCUUAGUUGGAUCGUCGUGAACCGGAAAAUGAAGCAAGCAGCUAAUCUCGCUAGCUGGAACCCACUUGGGGGCCAAAGGCAUUGGCCAACAGAUAAGGAUUUCUUGAUACGUUUUGGGUCUGUUCUUCCCGCCAAAGACAUCCUCCCAUGUCAAGUAGUGGAAUGCAUCAUCGUCAUGAAGUUUAGAGUUAUCAAUACUGAAGGGGAGGGGGAAGGUAUCCAGACAACACUCAAGCUAACUGAGCUAAGCAUGCAGUUGGAAGAUAUGGCAGGCGCUCAUGUUAAUGGAAGGAACAGCUUGCUUGUCCUCAAAGAAGCAUUGAGCUGCCGUCGGAGCAAAAACUACAGCGAGGUUCUAGAGUCCUGUCAUUUGUACUCGAAAGCGCAGAGUGAAUUGAAGGAGGAGAAGAUGAGAAAUGAGAGCCGUUUGGACAGGCUAUGUAUCUUAAGUGGCAUAGCUGCUUUUAUCACCUUUUUCUAUUGUAUUUUGUGAAAUGAAUCCAUCUCUUCUUCUAACAAUGCUGUCAGGAACUUUCACCUUGGCUAAUAACAUUUUUCAUGUGUUUAGGGGUUGG